AGACAUGGUUCUUGAAAGUUUCAAUCCACUGUGAAGGUUGCAGGAGGAAAGUAAAGAAAGUUCUGAAGAGCAUUGAUGGUGUUUUCACUGCAACAAUAGACCCACAGCUGAACAAAGUAACAGUAACUGGAAGUGUUGCUGUGGAGACCCUUCUCAGGAAGCUCGUCAGAGCCGGAAAACAAGCCGAGAUUUGGCCGGAGAAUGACGGGAAAAUCUCCGGCAAUGGGCAGCAGCAGCAGCAGAAGAAGAAGAAAAAUGAAGUUAAAGAACUACAGAGCGUGGAAAAUCACAAGGGAACUGAAAAUGCUUCUGCCAAGUGUAACAGUGAGAAAAAAAAGCAGCAGCAAUGACUCGCUGGGAAAUUCCCCCUCCGUUUACCGGAUGCCGUCGGAGGGUGGUCGGAGCGAAGGUGGUGCCGGCUCUGCUAAGAAGAAGAAGAAAAAAUUGCACCUUGGUGGUGGGAAUGGAAACAGUGGUUUGAGUUCAGUGGAAGCAGCUACUGGUGCACCUGCACACACUGGAUUGCAGUUUCAAGAUCUUGUGGGCCCAGUGAAUGUGAACCCUACACGUCAGUAUUGGCUUUUAUAUCCAGAAAGUGGUGUUUGCAGCUUAUAACAGAUUGUAUCCUUCUUACUACGUUCCAUCUUCACCCUACACGUGGGCUGGUCUGGACCAAGAUUGUCAUCACUUUCAAUCAGCACCGUUGGUGUCCUUUGAGAUCUUCAGUGAUGAAAAUGUCAAUGGGUGUUCUGUUAUGUGAGACUUGAUAGUAAAGAGAGUGUUGUACUAUG